AUGAGGAAACAGGAAGAUAUCUGCUCUGUGAUGAAUCCUGAGUAUAUUAGGAGGACCAGAUUCCUUGAAUUGUCAAAGCAGCUCUGUACAGUGUCUCAGCAAGUUAACAGACACUCAAGGCAAGAUGAGGCUACCAGGACUUCAAUGCAUCCUGAUCCUCUUGGCGGCGACACUUGUAGCGGGACUGGUUACGAAAGUUACUCAAUUCCACCAUGGUAUAAUUAUUCACCACCAUCAACUACUGGUUACUUACCUCCACCAGGGUAUAAUUAUUUACCACCAUCAACUACUGGUUACUUACCUCCACCAUGGUAUAAUUAUUUACCACCAUCAACUACUGGUUACUUACCUCCACCAUGGUAUAGUUACUUAAUGCCACCAACUACAAGCUGCUCAAGACCACCAACUCUAAGUUAUAUGCCUCCACCUCCUCAGCCCCCAGCAGUAGUUAUUCCACCUCCUCCACCACCACCUCCAGAAAUUUUGCAUUUCUACAUACCACCUCCACCUACUGGUUAA